AUGCGAGCUCAAGAGCUGGAGCUACUUCGAAUCGUUCAAGACUUGUCAUUGGACAACGAUGAUGAAUUCCUGACCCCGACCUUUAGCGAGCAAUUAAGAGCAUGUUACAACAUUCUAAAAUCAAGGGAAAACGCUGAGACGGCGCUCCGAGGUUUGAUGGCAGGCUCCAGAUCAAGUCGUUCAGUGCUUGUACGACCAGUCGACCGUCAAGCGAGUAAUCAGACAACACAGCGGUCUAAUGUCGACACUGGCGGCGAGAGACCCAGAGAAACACGCACCAAUGUCAAAUUCCUGGAGGAAGCACUGGACUCUGUUCGCCAUGUUGUGGAAAAACAGAUUCAAACACUGCUCAACAAUAAGGCGACACGAAGCUGGGUGCAAGACGAAAAAUCGCCGGCUGCAGUCCUCGCUGCUGAGCAAUACGAAAAGUAUCUCGACAGGUACGUCAGCUUUCGUAAAGCACAUGACGGAUUCAGGCUUUCCUCACACUCCGCCUUAGAGGAACGAGCUGCGCGAGCAGGGCUAAGCUAUGACGAGUUCUUUCGAACUGCGAUGCAAGACAACAUUAAUGGACUUCGAAACGCAGAGCGGAACUACUUGGGCGCAAGGACUCGAGCUAUUCAAGAGGGCGUCGAGCUCUUAGCACUCCCAUACGGGCUUGGUGAUGUCCUACCUGAGGUCACCAAGACCCUACCGGGAGAUAUGCAGGCUGGCAGUUGGGACAUCAAGGCACAGACUCGUGCGACACAAGGGCUAGAGCGCGCAGGAAUCGAGGAGUGGGUCAGACUGCCUAAUCAAAAGCUGGAUGUGAUUUAUGACGAGCAGCAUGGCAUGUAUGGUAGAUACCAGGGCACGGAGGACACCAAUACUUUCGUGGCACACGACACCAGGGCGGCAUCACCUUCAGACUAUACUUUCUGGAGUCAGAGCUCUACACCGCUUGACAAUGAUGACGCUGACGCUACUGGAAAAUCUAUAGCCUCGACAAGUACUCUCGGCAUCUGCGAAAGGCGUCUACUCACCUGGGAUAGUCACUCGAACGUUGAGUGGGAAGAGCAAUUGGGCAACAGAAUUCAAUUGCUCGGGACAAAUUACACAGACGUACUUUGCGGCGACUCCAUUGUGAUAGAUGCGGCAAGACUGGGAAAGGACACACAGAGGGUAACUGCUGCCAAGUUGACGAGCAGCAGUAGUCAGCUCGUAUAA